AUGUUUCUGGCUUUAGCAAGAUCCAAAGAACGGCGCAAAUCAGUACCAUUCAUAACUAGCAAAAGUUCACGAGAAUUUAGUCAACGUACUUGUGAAACUGCCGAACCAGGCUGUAGUGGACGAGAUGAAAUUUCGCCUCUUAUUUUGCAAAUGAAGGAAGAAUUGGUCAGAACGAAGAUAGAUGAUGAUGAAGAAAUUCCAUCACCUUACUGCGAUCCUUUCAAUAUCACUCAAUAUCGUAAACAACAAUCAUGUUCAUCGAAGCAUAGACGACGUUCAAAUGUUGCAAUUGAAAUUACUCCACACAAAUAUACCAAUGAUCCAUUAAUAGCUUGGGAGAUGAUUAAAAAUAAUCGUCCUGUGAAAGCUAUGAAAUUGAGUACACCAAUAAAACAAGAUGCUGUGCGAUUUGUUUGUAUGGCUUGUCUUCAUAAGUCAUUUCCGGAUCCGCAAUAUGUUCCACCUGGCGAUAUUCUUAUCGUUGCAGGAGAUUUCACGUUAUAUGGUCGGCCAGAUGAAAUCGAACUUUUUAAUAAAUAUCUGAAACAGCUUCCGCAUACUUUGAAAGUGGUAAUUGCUGGUAAUCAUGAAUAUACAUUUGAUGAUCGUUUCAUGAAAGCUAAUGGAAGUAAAUUUGGUGAGAAGAAAUUAGCCGUGAAGCAAACUCUUAGCAAUGAAUUUACAUUACACGAAAUGAAAAAUGCCAAAGCAAAAUUAGAAAAUGUAAUUUAUUUAGAAGAUAAUUCAACGGAACUAUUUGGUAUUCAAAUUUAUGGAACGCCAUGGCUACCACAAUAUGAUGAUAUGGCUUUUAAUUUGCCCCGAGGACAAGCUCUACUUGAUAAAUGGAAUGAUAUACCAGCUGGUAUCGAUGUUCUCAUCACUCAUACACCUCCGCUAGGUCAUGGAGAUAUGUUACCUACGGGAUCACAUGUUGGUUGCGUUGAAUUAUUGAAUUCUGUUGUUAAACGUAUUCGGCCAAAGUAUCAUGUUUUUGGUCAUAUUCAUUCAGGAUAUGGCUGUACAACGGAUGGUUAUACAAAAUUUGUCAAUUGUUCAUUAGUAGAUGAUCGAUUGCAGCUAAUAAAUAAUCCCGUUAUUUUUGAUAUAUCUGUUGACGCUAAUAAGAAAGAACGUUGGACGAACAAAUAUCGUCGAAUUGCUAAGCAUAAUAAUUAA